AUGUGGUCGUGGUCCUUCCAACAGCUCUUUUUGUUGAUUUGCAUCUACCUGCAGCUGGCCAAAUCAAUUGAAACUGGACAUCAUCAUCGACCAACUCUUCUUCGGCAUGAAAUCUCGUCAGACGGGCUAGUCCAGCAGAUGCCCAAUGUUCAGCCACAGCGAGAGGAUCCUGAAAGGCAACAUUGUUCGGAUUGCUGCAAUGAUGGCCAGAAGAACGUUGCCUGCGCUGAUGUUGAGGCUUGUGCGGCCACCAUGGCUGCAGGCAGGUAUGCCUUGGUAUUCUCUUUCGUUGGGAAGAUGGGGUUGGAAGCAGUCCCAUUUCUGGAAUCAGCCAAAGCGGCAGCAAACUUGGCCAACAAGGCAGACAUUUUGAUACUGAUGACUCAACGUGACGCCCAAGACAUCAAUCUGUCUGCGCACAAGUUGUUUCAGAAGGAAGGUGUUCAGGUACAUGUUGUCGAGUGGGCCUUACCUCCGAGAAUGAAGUACACAAAGCGCGAGAACUGGUGUGGCGAAAGGAUCUCAUCCGUCUUCAUGCCUUAG